AUGUCAUCCAUUGAUUCAAAUGUUAGAGGAAUAUUUUUUGUCUAUGGUUAUAGAGUAUCCAGUGGCAUAGCUUCUUUGUUGUUGCCUGGAGGUAGAACAGCUCAUUCUCGCUUUAAGAUUCCCAUCAUUGUUGAUGAAGAUUCCAUGUGCAACAUAAAACCUGGGAGUGCGCUUGCUGAACUCAUUGUUAGAGCUAAGCUUAUCAUAUGGGAUGAAGCUCCGAUGGUUCAUAAACAUGUGAUUGAAGCUGUCGACAGGAUCUUUAGAGAUAUCAUGUGUGUAUGUGACGAGGGCAGUAUGCAGAAACCAUUUGGUGGAAAAACUAUUGUUUUUGGUGGUGACUUUAGCCAAAUCUUGCUUGUUGUUCCAAAGGGUAGUAGGCAAGAUGUUGUGAAUGUUGUUAUCAACUCUUCUUACCUUUGGAAGUAUUGUACGGUUUUGAGGCUUACGAAAAAUAUGAGACUGUUGAGUGUUGCAUCAUGUGAUGAAGCGGAACGUUUGAAGGAAUUUUCUUCUUGGGUUGCUUCAGUAGGGGAUGGUGUUCUUGGUGGUCCAAAUGACGGUGAAGUGACUAUUGGUCUUCCUUCUGACAUUGUUUUGUCUGAUUCUGGUGAUCCUUUGAAAACAAUUGUUUCCAAUAUGAAUCAUGAUGAGUUGAGCGGUUGUUUGUGUCAUCGUGCUAUACUUGCUCCUACGUUGGAGAUUGUUGACGAGGUUAAUCAAUUCAUGAUGUCGUUGGAUCAGUCCGAAGGUCGUCUUUAUUUGAGCUCUGAUAGUAUUGCUAACUCAGAUUCGACAUCGGGUAGUUCAGCUGCGCUACGUUCAGUUGAGUUUUUGAACAACUUGAAGUGUUCAGGUGAUUAUGUUCUGGAGGCUAAAGUGUUGGCUGGUCAUAAUGUUGGGCAUAAAGUUUUGAUCCCUCGAAUGUCUUUCCUUAUGAUCCAAGUAUUCAGUCAUGGACAGUUGUAUGUUACUAUAUCUCGAGUCACGAGUUGCGCAGGUCUGAAGAUUUUGGCAUGUAAAGACGAGGAUGAUGAUAGUAGGGGUGAUUCGACUGUUAAUGUUGUUUACAAAGAGGUUUUCCAAAAUUUAUGA